AUGGUGCCGGAGCGGCAGUACCACGCCGCCAAUGGCCGUCCUGUUAUGGCCACCCGCGAGCGAUCUAUGCCUGGUACACCUUCACGGAAAGAGAAGAUUCGGGAGAGUUCCGCCCUGCAAGAUCCAGGUCUGAAGGACUAUCGCUUAGGUGAAUGUCUUGGAAAAGGCGCUUUUGGAUCAGUGUAUAAGGCCUUCAACUGGGGUAAUGGUGAGGCGGUUGCGGUAAAGCAGAUCAAGCUUGCAGAUCUGCCCAAGAGUGAGUUGCGCAUGAUCGAGAGUGAAAUCGAUCUUCUCAAGAAUCUUCAUCAUGACAAUAUCGUCAAGUAUAUCGGUUUUGUGAAAUCAGUUGACGCCCUCAACAUCAUUCUUGAAUACUGUGAAAAUGGUUCUCUACACUCAAUCUGCAAGGCAUACGGCAAGUUCCCUGAGAAUCUGGUCGGGGUUUAUAUGACGCAGGUCCUACAGGGACUACAAUACCUUCACGACCAGGGUGUUAUACACAGAGAUAUUAAAGGCGCCAACAUUCUCACCACGAAGGAUGGUACGGUGAAACUCGCGGAUUUUGGAGUGUCAACUAGCACGCUUGCUGGCGGCCAAGAUAAGGAGGCACAGGUUGUCGGCACGCCUUAUUGGAUGGCUCCCGAGAUCAUUCAGCUUUCUGGAGCGAGUUCUGCAUCUGAUAUCUGGAGUGUCGGUUGCACGGUUAUCGAACUUCUUCAAGGGAAACCUCCAUAUCACAAUCUGGCCGCGAUGCCUGCCCUAUUCGCAAUUGUCAACGACGAUCACCCUCCACUGCCUGAAGGCAUUUCCGCAGCUGCCCGUGACUUCUUAAUGCAAUGUUUCCAGAAAGACCCUAAUCUCCGUGUAACUGCCCGAAAACUACUUCGCCAUGCUUGGAUCACAGGAUGUCGCCGACAGGAAGCCCCAGUAGCAAGGAAACCAGCCAAUUUCAAUGAUGCCGUGGAGGAAGUCAAGCAGUGGAACAAGGCUCUCAAAUCUUCAGAGCCCAACCUUCGAUCAUCGAUGGGCUCUGAGACUGGUCCUUCAACGAGGUUCCACGGUGGAACUCCUGCCAAGGGUGGUUUAUAUGCAAAACUUCGAGCUGGCGCUGGAGCUUUCAGUAAGCCUGAAUUAGCCGACGACGACAACUGGGACGACGAUUUUGCAACGGCUAUUUCACCAAGUGCGCUACAGCUACCCCAUCUCAAGCCUCAGGACAACUUUGGCGGCUUAUUAUCGAGUGAUCGCCUAAAAGCAUUCGCCUCAAUAAACGAUGGAAGGAACGAAAGUAAUACUUAUGACGACGACUUCGAGGGAGAGUUGAUGACCAUAAAAGGGUUAGGUCAAUGGCAAGACAGCAGCGAUCUCCAGGAACAGACGAUCAGACCAACUCCUAGGAAGGCUACUAGAGUUCCGGAUCCCGUGAAAGCACACACGCGAAACAAAUCGAGUUCGAGCAAGGCCGUAGGUGGAGGCCGGACCAGAUCACCUACGAAAUCCAAUCUCAAUAAUAAAUUCGAGCUACCGUCAAGACCGGAUCUUGCGUUUCGGGAGCAUAGCGUGGAAGACUUCUCGGAUCUCUUUGUGGAUAGCGACAACGUUUUCACUCACAAUCCAAAUCAGGCUGUGAGAAGAAACUCACGACAGAGCGAUGCGCCACAGCUGUUUCACCCAUCUGAUCUUACAUCGUUACCAAGGUCAACACAUAACCCUGACUCCGGUAGCAUAAAGAAGAAAUCAUUAUCACGACCCUCGGUUCUCCCUGAUGCACCGAUGCGACGGACGCGGUCAUCGAUAGAAAUCCAGAAGUUCGCGGAAGAUGACGACGAAGAUUUUAGCGACGUUUUCGGACCGGAAUCAUCAAUAGCGGAGAAAGAGGAGAGCGAGAAGGGGUCCGAGGAUGGUGGUCUAAUGCUCAUGUCGCGCGUGUCGAGCAGUUCUUGGCUAGGAGACGAAGAGGAUGAAUACGAUCCGUUUGCAUCUAUGGACCCAGGAUGGGAUGAGAUGGACCUGGAGGCCAACAUUGCCCGAGAUCGACACGCCAGAUUAGCAGAAAGAGUGGAGGAUCUAGUGAGGUCUUUGAAAACGACAGAAGGCGACGAUGCCCUGGCCGAGUUCUCAGAAGAUUUGCUUGCUUUACUUUGGGAAAACAACGAAGUCAAGAAUCUGAUCAUCAGUGCUCAUGGGCUGUUGCCUAUCCUUGAGAUUUUGGAGCCUUGUACUGUCAAGAGCAGACAAUACAUGAUCCUGCAACUUCUUAAGGUCGUUAACGCAAUUAUUUUGGAUGAUGUGGAGAUUCAGGAAAACUUGUGUUUCGUUGGCGGUAUUCCUAUUAUUACCAAAUUUGCCGCACGCCAAUACUCGGACGAGAUUCGUCUUGAGGCAGCGGCUUUUGUUCGCCAGAUGUAUCAGACAUCGACAUUGACAUUGCAGAUGUUUGUAUCUGCGGGUGGUCUGAACGUAUUGGUUGAAUUCCUCGAUGAGGACUACGAUGUUACUCGAGACCUUGUUCUUAUUGGGGUCAACGGUAUCUGGAAUGUCUUUGAGCUUCAAGGGCCAACCCCUAAGAACGACUUUUGCAGAAUCUUCUCACGAAGCAAGAUUCUAUACCCCUUGGCUCUCGUCCUUCACCGAGUCCUUGACGAAGAAGGCGAGGACGAGCUUGGCGAGCUCGUAGAAGGUCGAAUCGUCAAUAUUUUCUACCUCUUCAGUCAAGCAGAAAACUACGUCAAGGAGGUCGUUGCAGAUCGGCAAGUACUGAAGAGUGUAUUGAAGGAUCUCCGGCGCAUGACGCCAAUCCAUCAGAUCACUAUGCUGAAGUUCAUCAAGAAUCUUUCCAUGCUCUCGACGACAAUCGAGUCACUCCACUCAGCCGAUGCCAUCGAGUUCUUGAUCGAUCUUCUUAGCUACAGCAUGAAGAAGGGCCAGACACACUUCCGUGAAAUUUCUAACCAGGUCCUCAACACAUUAUUUAACCUCUGUCGUCUCAGCAAAGAGCGACAGGAGGACGCAGCCGUGGGUGGCAUUAUUCCUCUACUACUCAGAAUUAUGCAGACCGACCGCCCACCGAAGGAGUUCGCUCUCCCCAUACUCUGUGACAUGGCGCACUCAGGUUCCAAGGGUCGCAGAUACUUAUGGCAGAAUAAGGGUCUCAACUUUUACGUAUCAUUACUCACAGAUCAGUAUUGGCAGGUCACAGCGCUUGAUGCUAUUCUAGUCUGGCUGCAGGAAGAGACCGCCAACGUAGAGUCUCAUCUUGCGGAUGGUGGCUUUACAAGGGCUAUUGUUAGCUGCUUCAGUACCAACAGAGUCAAUUCUUUUGACUCCAACUUGUUAGAACCGCUGCUGAAGCUGCUGCGUCUGAGUCCUUCGGUCGCCGCGUCGCUAGCGAAGCCUGAAAUGUUUGCAGGUAUCGCGCAACGGCUUGGUCACAAGAAGCCAGUUGUCCGACUUAACCUUCUCAGGCUCGUUAGAACUAUUAUGGAUGCUUGCGAUCCUGGAAUCGGUAGUGGUGACGGGACAAGGUCUCUCAACAGUUCUCAAGUGCGGUCUCUCAUGGCUGCUAUUCAAACCCUGGCAGAGAAGGAUACAGCUGUUCUCGUACGAAACCUCGCUUCGGAACUGGUCCGCUCAAAUAUCGAUACGAGUGUGAGACCAAGCGAAGGUGCUGCCAGCGCUGUACCAAGCUCGUCAUCUGGCAGACGAGCCGGAUCCCGUCGCAACAACAGUUAUACGCCUCCUAGUUUACAGACGUCUGUGUCGGCGGGUCCGCAAACACCAACACACAGAAACCGCGCCAGUCUAGCAAACAAUGCUUACGUCGAAGUAGCAGCCAGUCCACGACGAUCUGCCGCUGUUGAGCGAGAACGAGAAGGAAUGCUUUACCGGCCAAGAAGUAGGGACGGGCCAACUGGCAUUCCCCGACGUAUCAGCGGCGAGUUCGCUCCUGUCAAGAGUCGCCUACCUCGCACAUCGCUGGUUACAUCAAGCAGCUCCAGGGCAGCAGCCGGGAUCAGUGCCAACGGCAACAGCCCUGCACACAGCUCUCGAAGCGAUAUCAGCCAUGCUCGUAGCGACAGCAGCUUGAGCAAUAAGGAGAACGUAGGCCGCGCGCCGGGCAGCCGAGACGGAAUCGGCAGUAGGGACAGCAGUAGCAGUUUGGCAUCGCCCGGGUUGUCAGGAGUGCCGGAGCGGGCGGGCAUAAUCAAGAGGAGGAGUCGGAUGCCUGCAGAGCCGAAAUGGCCAUCAUGA